GAAAAACAACAACCCAGCCUCCGCCGCGAGUCCACCGUCCGUCACGGCGACAGAGAGAGAGAAAGUGAAGGAGUGAAGCAGCAAAAUAGAGAAAAGAGAACGUAGCAACCCGCCACUAGCAACAACAUCAUGUCGAAGCUGUCGUUCCGGGCGCGGGCCCUCGAUCCGUCGAAACCGAUGCCGAUCUAUCUGGCCGAGGAUCUGCCCGAUCUGCCCGAGUACUCGGCCAUCAACCGGGCCGUGCCGCAGAUGCCGAGCGGCAUGGAGAAGGAGGAGGAAUCGGAGCACCAUCUGCAACGAGCAAUAUGCACCGGGCUGAUCAUUCCCACGCCGGAGGUGUACGACUCGACGGACUCCGAGUUCUACGACAAGUACUAUCCCGCCGACUACAAACUGCCCAAGCAGCUCAUCCACAUGCAGCCCCUCAACCUCGAGCAGGACAUACCGGACUACGAUAUGGACAGCUCGGACGAGGUGUGGGUAACGUCGCACGGCAAAAAGCUCGACAUCGACCCGCUCAAGUUCGAGAUCAUGAUGGACCGGCUGGAGAAGAGCUCCGGCCAGACGGUGGUCACGCUGAACGAAGCCAAAGCCCUCCUGAAGCAGGACGACGAGGUCAGCAUCGCCGUGUACGAUUACUGGUUGAACAAGCGGCUCAAAACGCAACAUCCCCUCAUACUGUACGUGAAGACGGAAAACCGUGGCAACAUGACGCCAAACAAUCCGUACCUGGCCUUCCGGAGGCGCACGGAGAAGAUGCAGACGCGCAAGAACCGCAAGAACGACGAGUCGUCCUACGAAAAGAUGCUCAAGCUGAGGCGGGAACUCUCGCGGGCGGUGACGCUACUGGAAAUGAUCAAGCGGCGCGAGAAGCUGAAGCGCGAACAGUUGCACCUGAGCAUCGAAAUCUACGAGAAGCGCUACCAGGCGCAGGAUUUCCACGGCCAGCUGCUGUCCGAGCUAACGACCAGCGCCACGAGAGCAUCAAGACCUGCCUUCGCCCCGAUCUACUCGAACCAAUUCCCGUCGCUGGCGGGUGGCCAGGGUGUCAACGUUGUUGGCGGCACGGCGACCGGUAGCGGUGGUGUGUAUCUUCCGAGCGGUGGAACCUCCUCCCAGUACAAUGCCGGCGCCGGUAGCAGCCACAAGCGGGACAACGAAAGCCUGAGCAGUCGCAAGGAGAAGCGGCAGUACAAGAAGCGGAAGCUAAAAAUCCAAAAAGACCGUAGCAGCCUGGGCGGUUCCGGCGCGAGCGUCGGUACGGGUGGCCGAGGGGGCGAUGCGUUGGGCGGCGGUGCGAUGGGCAGCAGUGGAAGUGGAAGCAGCGGUAAUCACCAUCAUCAUCAUCACCACCAUCACCAUCAUCCACAUCAUCACCAUCCGCAUCUGCACCACCAUCCGUCGGUGGGUGGUGCGGGCACGGUGGGUGGAUCGAGAGACGGUUUGGUACCGGGCGGCCACGAUCAUCUGCACGCGGGCGGCGAUCACGUCGGGUCGUCGGACGACGAAGAGUUAGCCAAUCUUGCCGGUGGCACCUCACCGGAGGAGGAGUACGCUUAUGCAUUCCGGCGAAGUAAACACAGUCAAUACCACAGGCCUCGUGCCGAUGGUUACGGCAACUGGCCGUGGACGUCACGGGAAGAGAAUGGCAGUUCCGAUCCGCGGUUUCGCUUUACGUUGACCUCACUGCGGUAUCCCAGGCCACGCUGUAUAGGGUUCGCCCGGCGACGGCUUGGUCGUGGUGGGCGCGUCAUCAUCGAUCGUGUGGCAACCGAUCUGGAUGAACUGUGGUCUCGGCUUGACUACACGAUCGUCGAGAGUGAAACGAUCGCUUCGCUUACGGCGCGGCAACACAGCGACAUCGUCGCAGCAACGGAGGCAGACGACGAGAGCGAAGUGGUCGGUGACCUGCGGCGACCGAUGAACCAGUCCAGGCGUACCGCUAGCGUCAGCAGUAACUGUAGCGUUACGGGUGACGUGGGUACACCGACGAGUGUGGUUGUGUCACUGAAACCUCCGCGCCAGCUAACGUUCGGGCUGACGCAACCGCUCGUGAAUGGUGGCGAUGCAGGGUUGGAGCCUCUUGGCUUACUCGGCAAAGAUCCAUCGGUCGACGAUCGGACGAUCAUUGAUGGUGUGCAGCGGGUGCGCCGGAGGCUAGUGCUAAAGCAAGAGUACCCCGAGGUCGCACCACCGCAGGUCGCAUCCGACGGGUACGACGAGUCGGACGGUGGCGACGGCAGUGAGCAACAGUUCCUCGCCUCGAUCGGUCUGAUGAACAAGAUGAAGGAAGCGGCCCGCCAAGUGUUGAGCGAUAUGCACGACGACGACGAGAGGGCCUUGCUGGCGGUGAGAGCGCGCGAUGAAGUGAGCCGGCGGCGAAGGGUGUGUCCCACCGACGGGCGGACAUUUCCUCCGGCGAUGGGCGACGCCGGGGAAAGCGAAAGCGGUAGUGGUGGUGUGCAUAACUCCGAUUCAAUUGUGAUAAAAAGUGAAGAAGAUGCAACGAUGGCGGCGGCGGCGGAGAGCUCCGGCGGCGGUGGGAUCGAGCCGGAAGACUUCGAGCAGCUGAUCGACAGAGUGAAUAGCAUUAAGAAGGGGCCGCGGACGGUGCUAGUGAGGCGAAGUAAUAGUAUUAGUAGUUCCACCGAUCCGACCCCGACGGACGGGGGCCGGGGUGAGGUUCGGGUGAGUGAAGAAAGUGGCGCGGUGACUGGCGACGAUGGUGGCGCCGGAGGAGGCGGAAAUUCUCCUUCGCGGCUUCACGAUGCAACUCGCGAGGACAUCGACGCCGUGUAUAAGGAUCUGCUGAACGACAUCCAGUCGAACUGGCUGCACUUUCGUCCGAAAACCCCGUCACCCUGUCCGGAUGAUCUGCUUACGCUGGAAGAGGACGACGAGCUGGAGGCCUGCAUCGGGUUGACGGAUCGGAACCGGAUCACGCUGGAACUGCAAGCGCUCGAUGAGGGGCUCCCGGAAACGAUCUUUGCCAAUCGGUCCGGGUCGCUGUUCCGGACGGUUCCGUAUGCGCUUGACAGUCUGCUCGAGCCCCAUCCCCUGUCCGUGACGAGUGAUGAGGUUGAGUCAGAGGAUGCCACCGGCAGUGGUCUCAGGGCCGAGGUGAAGUUGGAAACGACCGGCUCGGGUGGGGAUCACAAUGUCACCACCGGCUCGGAUGCGUCUUCCGCGGACCUCAACCUCGGUCUGGGACUGAACGAGUCGCACGAGGACAGUGAGAAGAUGUUGGACAACAUACUGCAGGAGUGUGCGGUCGAAGAUCCUAAAUCGGUGCACCAAGCGAGCAGCUUCUGGAACGGGCUGCUCGACGACGGCGGUGUCCCGACCGGUCUCGAGGCGGACGGCCAGAAAGGUGGUCGAGUGCGGGAAGCGGAAGUGGUUGGCCGGUUGGGGGGUGGCACAGCGAAGCUCGGCUACCACUGCGAUCUGGUCGGUUACGGGCGUUCGGCGGUGGCGGCCGAACGGCGACCGGGCAAGAGCAAGCGGCGGAAGGUGCUGAAGCGGUGCAGUUACCUCGUCGGUAGCAGCUACUUCACGGUCAAGAACCUGCCGAAGGAGGAAAUCUUCCAACCACUGCUCGACGCCAACGGGGAACCGAUUUGCUUGGAUCCGGUGGAGCCCGACGCGCAGGUGGCGGCGACAGAGCUGCGUGACUGCUCGGCCGUCCCCAUCGACGAUCUGCUUCCGCCCGGUUCGGUGCCGGAGCGAGACGUGAUGGAACCGGUCGAGAUCAAGAUGGAAGAGGACGUGUUGCAGGGAGCGUCGUCCCUAGACUCACCGCUGCCGCCCAUUUCCUCGACGUCACUCGUCGAUCGGAUCAAACUGGAGCCACCGGAUGAGGUGAUCAGUCGGGGUGGAACGGCAGUGAGCGAGACCGGCGGAGCGCUAGCACCGGGUACGAUACAAUUUUUGCCCUCCUUCGGAGGAUCACCCACCGUUACGUUGCCCCCGACGACCGCCACGAUCAAGCUGGAAGCUCCGACGCCCGUACCGUCCUCGUCCUUUAACCACAUCAACGCGAUCGCCAGCCCGGCCACGAUCGUGGUCUCGCAACCAUCUUCGACCGUCUUCUCCACGUCCGGCGUCCCAACGAUGGUGUCGGUCUCGUUGGCGCAAGGGGGUCCGGCCACGCUCCACCAACUGGUACCGACGUGCACGACGUCGUCACUCGGUACCACCAUGUUGGUCAUGCAAUCGAUGCCACCUGCUACCGUGGCCAGUAUCAGCGCCGCAAACAACAGCAUCAUACAACAAGCGGCGUCCCCUACCGUUUCGAUCGGUUCCGCAUCCGGCCAGACCUCAUUUCUCAUCACAAACAGUGGCAACAGCGGCACCGGCGUUAACAGCAGCACCGCCGGAAGCGCCGGUCUCGGAACGUCCUCCGUUUCGCAAUCCAUCGCUGGUUCGAUCUUGCUACAGUCAUCCGCGGGUGGUGCGGUUGUUUCAUCGUCUCCUUCUCCUGCCUCUACCACGCUGGCGUCCUCCAGCGCCACCACGUUGCUCUCUUCCGGGACACCGAUCGUCGUGACGGUUCCCCCGCUGCCUGCUGGGGGCGCAAGUCAGCAGCAGCAGCAGCACACCGUCGUGACGCACGUGCUGCCGACGAGCUCGAACAGUGUGGUGCCGACUACGGCGUCAGUGACACCGAUCGUCGUAUCGGCCACUGGCACCGGUGCCAGUGGCGUCGGUACCACCACGGUGCAGUCCGUCCUGCAGGCGGCCGCUCAAAGCGGGGUCAGCGGCAACAGCUACAUUCUGCAGCACAACUCCACACCGAUCGUGCUGUCGCACCAGCAGAUGCAGCAGCUGACCAGCGGCGGCGGUGGUAACAUCGUGACCGUCGGUGGCCAGCAGAUGGUCACGGCCAAGCAGCAUCACGGCGAAACGUACGUUCUGACGCAGUCGUCGCCGCUGAAGAAGCAGAUCAAUGGUCCCACCGAUGGUAGCAAAAAUUCCACCAGUGCUGCCGUUACCGCGCAAAACAUCGCCAACCAGAAGUUCCACGCGCUGCUGAGCCAAAAGCUGAGCCACAAGCCGACCGACCUGAACAAGAAGCAGCUGGAAAUGAUCCGCAAAGCGCUCGUGGCCUCACCGAAAAUGAUCGUUAAAUCGGCGAACCAUCCACUGGCCCAGCAGCAGCAACAGCAACUGCACGGUGGCGUUGGCCCCGCCGGCGGGUUAUUGACCGGGCACCAUCAGCAAACGGUCCCCGGCCAGCAGCAGCAACAGCAGCAGCAGUACAACGUGAUCCACCAGAACUCGCUCAACUCGCCCAUCACGAUCGUGUCGGCCCAAAGCACCGGGCAGCCCGGGACGCAGAACAAGAUCAUUCUCACUUCCUCGCCGCAGCUGCUCCAGCAAGCGACCACGGUGGGAGGAGGGGCCACGGCGGGUCAGUUGCUGGCGGCGGCAGCUUCGUCGCAUGGCAAGAUCCAGCUCACGACCGUACAGCAAAGCCCGCAGAAUGCCGGUGCCGGAGUAGGUGGCGGUCCAGGUGGCGGCGGCGGUGGACCGACGCUAUUGACACUCGAUCAGUCGGGCCAGGGCACGGCCACGGUCGGUACGGUGCAGCAGCAGGUCAAGCUGGACAAGAACCGUAUCCUGUACGCGACCAACAUCAAGAACAGCCGAGGUCAGUUUUUGGCCCAGCUUAAUCCGAAACUCGUGAACAUCAUUCAACCGAUGCAGCAGCAGAAACUCAUCAACAGUGUCACCCUCCAGCAGCAGCAGCAGCAGCAACAGCAGCUGCAACUGCACAACCAGAAUGCGGUCAACAGUUUGCACGGCACGACCACGACGACGACGAUUUUGAACAGCAAAGGACAAACGGUCCAGCGUAUUCCGACGGUCAGCAUCCGUACGCAGCAGCAACCGCUUCAGCAGCAGCAGCAACAGCAGCAGCAACAGCAGCAACAGCAGCAACAAGGGUCACAACAGGCCACCCUCCUGGACACCGGUCCAACCCACACGGUCGUGGUGAACAACGCGAACAACAUCAAGUUCAUUCAGGCGGCUGCGGCCGCUGCUGCUGCGGCAGCCGGAGGCAGUGGCAAUGCCGUGGUGAGCACCAACAGCAACAGUACCGGCGCGCGACUGGUCAGUGUGUCAUCGGCGGGAACACCGACGGUGGUGUCGAUCUCUUCUGCUGGCGGCACUAGCAGCGGACCGGAAGGUGGAACUGGUGGCAGCGGAACCAACUGUACCCAGCCAACGCCAACGUCCGUCGGUGUGACGAACAGCAACCCAUCGACGGGGGUUGGUGGAUCCCCUGCAACUACCACUGUCGCCCCGGUCGCCAUCACUGUGUCAGCCACGACGACGACGAGCGCCACAACCGGCUCCACGGUCGUCAGCGGUGGUAUCGGGUGCAGCAACGGUGGCGGCGGCGGCGCCGGUGGCAAAUCCAACCCUCCAGCCAGUAUAAAUAUUACCAAUAGCAGAACCCAGACCCGGAUCGGUGAAAAAUUGAUAAGAAUUAGAUCAAAUUUGGCAACCACGAACCACAAAAAAACGGAUUGA